CCCAGCUCCUGCAUGUACAGAAUGCAGCCGAACAGCUGCCACUUCGGAGUACUUCCUCGCCCUUCAGUGCCCCGCCCAUUAGUGCGGGAGAUCUUGUCUCUCUGCAGAGACCUAUAAGAAAAGAGCCUUUACAAGAGUGCAAAGAGUUAGAGAGCGUUCUAGGCAUUAUAAAGCGAAGGUUUAUCAGCACGCAUGCGCAACUUCGACGCCCCUUAAGUGCGCGCGCAGUCCUUCUGCCAUCAUGGAAAGCGAUUGUCGGCUUCAAGACACGUUUUUUCUGUGAGGCCAGAGCGGACCCAAGGCCCAAAGCCCAGGACAACUUGCCAUUUCUGAAGAACUCUGGAAUAGAAGCUACUCUGUCCCCUCUUGUUGAUUCUUCCUGUCUCUACCCAACUGACAGCUUGGGGAAAAUCGGGACUCUGCCUGAGGAUUUUCUCCCCCAAAAGGGGAGCAUUAAAGAGGAAGGAAUGUCCUCUGUAUUCCUGACAGCUGGAUCCCAGGAAUCUGUGACAUUCAAGGACGUGGCUGUGGACUUCACCUGGGAGGAAUGGGAGGAACUAGAUGUUGAUCAAAGAGACCUUUACAAAGAUGUAAUGUUGGAAAACUACAGGAAUAUAAUCUCACUAGGAACUCAAGUUUCUAAACCAGAAGUGAUCUUCUUGUUAGAACAAGGGAAAGAGCCCUGGAUGGUGAAGAGAGAAAUCCCAAGAGUCAUUUGUCCAGGAGAAAGAUAUCAUAAAUGUGAUACAUGUGAAAAAAAUUUCAAACAUAUUUCUCGUCUAAUUAAACACCAGAGAACUUGUACAGAGAAGAAAUACACUGAAAUUAAUGGCUAUGAAAAAUCAUUUUUACAGCAGACCCACCAUGCCCUAAAUCAGAACAUUUAUACUGGAGAGAAACCUCAUAAAUGUAAUGAAUGUGGGAAAGCCUUUAACAGAACUGCACAUCUUAAAUUACAUCAGAGAAUUCAUACUGGAGAAAAACCCUAUCAAUGCAAUGAAUGUGGAAAGACUUUCAACCAGAAUGCACACCUUACUCAGCAUCGGAAAGUUCAUAUUAGAGGUGAUCCCUAUACAUGUAGUGAGUGUAAGAAAACUUUCCGUCACCCUUCAUCCCUUGUUCAACAUCAACGAAUUCACACUGGAGAGAGACCUUAUAAAUGUUAUGAAUGUGGACUAACUUUCAGGUUAUAUGUAUAUCUUACGUUACAUCAGAGAAUCCAUACUGGAGAAAAACCCUAUAAAUGUAAUGAAUGUGGGAGAACAUUUAGGUUGCGUUCAAUCCUCAAUCAACAUCAGAAAAUUCAUACUGGAGAAAAACCCCAUAAGUGUAAUGAAUGUGGAAAAGCCUUUAGUAGAAUUUCAUUCCUUACUGGACAUCAGAGGAUUCAUACUGGAGAGAAUCCAUAUGUUUGUAAAGAAUGUGGGAAGGCCUUCAAACAGAGAUCAUCACUCAACCAACAUCGGAGAAUCCAUACUGGAGAGAGGCCCUAUAAAUGUAAUAUCUGUGGAAGAGCUUUCACUGGUCGGACACAAUUUAAACAGCAUUACAGAAGGCACACUGGAGAGAGACCCUAUAAAUGUAAUGAAUGUGGGAAAGCCUUCAGUGGAACUCCAUUCCUCAAAAGACACCAGAAACUUCAUACUGGAGAGAGACCUUAUAAAUGUGAUAAAUGUGAAAAAACUUAUAGGCUGGAAGAAAAUCUUGUGCAACAUCAGAGAAUCCAUUCUAAAGUGAAACCUUACAAAUGUAUUGAGUGUGGGAAAGCCUUUGCCUAUAGAACAUGCCUUACUCGACAUGAAAGGAUACAUAAUAAAGACAAAUCCUAUGAAUCUGGGAAAACUCCCGGUCAAAUUUCAUACCUUACCCCAAGUCAGAGAAAUACUAGAAAGAAAUCUUUUCAGUGUACCGAAUGUGGAAAAGCUUUCAGUUAUAGUGCGGCCUACAUUAGACAUCAAAAACGGCACAGUGGAGAAUAGCCAUGUGAACAAAGGAAAAAGAGCUUUUACAAAAAAGUCCUUUUUACGAUUUCAUUUCUCAUUUCUCUCUUUUAUACAUUUUGGCUACUAUCCAGAAGCUUCCAGAUUGAGUGUAUCUGAAAUAUGUGCUAUUCUACAGAGGAAAAUGAUAAACAGAUAUUUGAGGCAUUAUUAAAAAAACAAAACUACUAAAACAAAUAAAUGUCAUUCCUUUAAGAAAACAAUGUAAUUUAAUAAGAACCUUUGAGAACAAUGGAAAUGAGCAAAUAUAAUUUUCACAUCUGAGUCAUGAUCAUUGAAAAACUGUGAUAUAAACAAAAAUAUAAGCCAAAUUUUUUGUUCACAUAGGUAUAAUACAAAUUGGAAAUUACAUUUCUGACAAAACUGAUCUGAACUUUUUAUAGAAGUAACAGAUUUUAUUUAAUGAGCUAUAUGUAAUACAUCUUACCAAAUCCAAGCUAAACUAUAUAAAUUGAUAAAACACUAACAAACUAAAGAAAAUUUUGAAUUUGGGGAGUGAAUUGAUUAUUGGAUCAAUUUAUCCCUCUUUUGAGGUAAAAGGAAAAACUUGAAUUUUAUGUGAUAAUUAUUUUAUAAUCUCUUUGAGGUAGGGACAAUAUUAUUUUUAGCCAUAUUGUUACAUAAAAAUAAUUGGGAGUCAUAUUUUGUUGGCCGAGAAUGAACUGCAAAUUGUAAGCCGAUGAAUGAACUUGUAUCAUUGUGCUCAUCUUGGUGAGCUCAAAUUAAUUGGCACCUUUCUUGAAGGAUAGACUUCAUUCUCUUCUGUAAACUAAAGAAAAUGUUUUUUAGGGAGGAAAUAUCCAGGUCUGUAGAAGUCAUGGGCUAAGCCAGGCAGAGGAAUCUUUAUUUAAAGUUUAGAUAACAUCUAGUAUCUAGCUUAGUCUAGUGUGACUAAGUAGUACUCUUUCAUAGUUAUACUUGCAUAUUGUUUCCAAGUGUGCAUACAUACCCAUUUCUUAGCAAACACAAAACACUGAAAAGAUGGUGGUGUGAAAGGGCUGAGAUAUAUGUCACCUUUUCAUUAGACUCAGGAAUUUAUGGUUAAUUUUAGGAGUGCAAGUAAAUAUGGCAGAAUAAGAUGGAUUUCAUUCCCUUUGGUGAUAUUAACAGCAAAAGAAAAGUUUCAAAUAGCAGAAUAAAUUGAAUUUAAGUUUUAACAGUGAGCAGUCACAGUAAGAAUGCUUUCUAAAAGCUAGUAUAGCUAAACACGCAUUGUUCACCACUAAGAGAUUGCUACUUGAUGAACUUUCUGGCCUUGGCAAUCCAUGAAACAAAAAUGAAGGGUGACCUCUACUAUAGUGAUGGUGGAAGAAUGUGGGAAAAGAGGAAAGAAUACUAAAAAUCACAAAUUUUAAGCAUCAAUAAAUUUAACUUGGCCGUGGACAUUCUAAAUGUGAGUCAUUUUUAUGAUAACUAAUGAGUAAACAUUUACAGAAGGAACUUAGUUUUGUUGGUGUUGACAUGACCAGUAUAAAAAAUUUCAGUGAAAUAAAAGAAUGAUUUUCAAGUCUUCCUUGAGAGGAAAUUAGAGAAA